AGAGAGGAGGGGACUGUUGUGCUAGCUUGAGUGAGACCUAUUUUACCAUACACAAAGAGGGGUGGGUGGGUACUACUACUUGGAAAAAGACUCUUGUCUAUUUCAUAUCCUUCUUUCCUUCCUCCUUCCCUUCUUAUCCUUCUUCUUUUUUCUCAUCUUCUUCUUCAUUCUUGUUCAUCUAAGGAGUCAAAGAAAGAUCAUUGUAUUUAGAAAAAGAAAAAAAAAGGAAAACAAAAAUGGGAAAUUGUCAGGCUGUAGAUGCAGCAGCUUUAGUAAUACAACAUCCUAAUGGAAAAAUAGAUAGGAUGUAUUGGCCUAUGACUGCUACUGAGGUUAUGAAAAUGAACCCUGGUCAUUAUGUUUCUCUCAUAAUUCCUCUUCCUAUCUCCUCCUCCGAUGACAAUUCCAACGAUAAAACUGUUCGUUUCACCCGUGUUAAGCUUCUCCGGCCAACGGAUACUUUAGUUCUUGGUAGAGCUUAUAGACUUGUUACAACUCAAGAGGUGAUGAAGGUAUUGAGAGCAAAGAAACAUGCAAAGAUGAAGAUGAACCAACCAGAGCUGCAAGAAAAUCAGAGGUCAAGUUGUGAACUUGAAGCUGGAAAAUCUGAAUCAGAUAAGAACAAGGCUAUGAGACAUGAAGGACAUAGGCAAAGGCCUGGAACAACAAACUUAGCUGCUGCUGCUGCAAGGUCCAAAUCAUGGCGUCCGACUUUACAGAGUAUUUCUGAGUCCAGUAGCUAAUGGUGGUUGCAAUCCGAUCACCGGCAAUGGGACUUCUAAAAGAUAGGCAACAAGAAACUCACAGAAAUUGGUUGUUCACCCAUUGUCAUUCACAACUCUAGUUCAUGAGGGAUGUUGAGCAAUAAUGCUUUUGUAUAGAAUAGAAUGGAAACUAACUCCACUUGAUAGAAAGAACAUCCCAUAAAUGGAAAUACAUAUUCUCCAGAAUUCUAGCAUUGUUCUUUUCUUGAGCAGAAGCUAGAUUCAAGAUUAGCCAUGACUAUUUUUCCUCUUC